CCACAAUCGGUGUCUGUUCUGUUCGUCUCUGGUACUCUGCCUCGUCUCCAAGUCUCACAUACAAACAAACAUCAACAUGAACUUGUCUACUGCUACCCCGCGCUCCAAGCGAGUUGCCGAACUAGUAAGUUGUCUUGACCUUGACCUUUGACUAACAACAUCGCGAUACUAAUAUAUCACCGCGAUAGAGCCCAAAGCCGAAGCCUGCUGCCCCUGCCCCAGUCGCCGCGAAGAAGAAGGCCGGGAAGAAGAUUGCGAAGAAGAAGAAGGCUGUGAAGGAGAAGACGGCGAAGCGUGGGGUGAAGAAAGUGGUAAGCACAUCUUCGGCUUCAAUAGUUCCUUUUGAUGCUAUGCUUAUAUAUCAUGCGUUGUCAGAAGGAGACCAAGACCAAGACCGCCGCCCGCAAGCCCGCAAAGAUUGAGUACGAUGUUGAUAGCAUUGUUGACUCAAAGCUUGUGCGCAAGAAGCGUUUCUACCUCGUUCAUUGGGUUGGAUAUGACAACAAGCAAAACACAUGGGAGCCUGAGGAGCAUCUGGGAAACGCUCAAGAGAAAAUUCAGGAGUUUGACGUGAAAUACCCAGACAAACCAUAAUUUUGAAUAGUUUGUGGGUCUCCGUCUUCGCGUUUUGUUGUUGGGGGAUGAUCGAAAUAGAAUUGAAUAUAUUUACGGCGCCCACUGGCGUCUGGGUCGAGCCUCUGCUUGGUUGAUGAA